AACACUCUUGUUCACACUCUCCAGCUCCAGCGCGUGGUAUUUUUGCAACAAUGGGAAGAACUACAGGGACUAGUGUGGGGCACCAGCACCAUGUUGCCGCGUUUGUGGUUGUAGCUCUGGUAGCAUUGGUCCGAUUUGUUGCGUCUCAAGGGGAGUGUUCGGAAUCCACAGCCUGUCCCGACAAUACCAUGUGCUGUAGCCAGUAUAAUUAUUGUGGAACUGGCGACGCCUAUUGUGGUGAAGGUUGCAAGAAUGGUCCCUGCAACGCUGGUGGUACACCUCCUGCGCCUGAACCUCCAACCUCAGGUUCAGGUUGGUCGAGCUUCUUCACCGAAGAAGUUUUCGACGGGUGGUUCCCUUCCCGCAAUGCUGAUUUUUACACCUUUGAGCGUUUCAAGGCUGCAGCGUCCGCUUACCCGACGUUCGGUAACGAAGGAUCUGUGGAUGACCAGAAGCGAGAGAUCGCUGCCUUUUUCGGAAACGUCAACCAAGAAUCUGGAGGCUUGAAAUUCGUCAGAGAGACUAACCCUACUGAAAUAUACUGCGACACGACCAACACCCAAUACCCUUGCGCCGCUGGUAAGUCCUAUUAUGGGCGUGGUCCCAUUCAGCUGUCAUGGAACUACAACUACGGUGCAUGUGGAGCUGCUCUGAACUUGCCACUCCUCGCCACUCCAGAGUUGGUAGAGACUGAUGCCGAUGUGGCGUUCAAGACGGCCCUCUGGUUUUGGAUGGCCAAUCAGUGCCACCAAGCAAUCAUCGGUCCUCCUCCCAGUUUCGGAAAAACCAUUCGGAUAAUCAAUGGAGCGAAAGAGUGCGGCCUUGUAAACGACGAGAGAGUAACGAAUCGAGUUACGUACUACACCAACUUCUGCAAUUCAUUGGGCGUCGACCCUGGCACCGACCUACGGUGCUGAUAACUGAAUGGCAGGAUGCAAAAUGUUGUGGGCAAAAAUGGUGGGUUUCAGUCAAACACCAUUUUUGCCCAAAAUCACAGGCUGCAAACUCAGCACCGCCCACAGUGCUGCGAGGUUUUUGAAAUGUGAGCGACAUGAGCGAAUAGUGAUGCUAUUCCAAAGCUUUCAAUAAGUAAGAAAGACGGAUAUGUGUUGAGUGAGGAGUUCGGUGCCACGGCUUGUCGUUGAUAGAUCUGCCGUUUUGGGUACCCCAUAGUCAGAAUAAGACUACCUUCGUUUGCGAGCAACAAUGGAAGGGUUCAGAUUGAGGAAUGUUGUGAGUCAGAUUGCUGCUGUUGUCAGGCAUUGUGGUGAUUGUGCAAAACAAUGUGGCAAUAAAAAAAAGAAUUCAAAUUUCUU